AACAUGCGCAUAAGAUGUCUGAGUGGAGACACGUACUACAGCAAAGCAGGCAAGAAAUUUGCCGGCCAGGUUCUGGAGAAGUUUAUCCUGAUUGAUUGUGACCAAGUUCUUGCUGGUACCUACAGUUUCACCUGGCUUUGCAGCCAAGUCCACACCAGCCUGGUGACUCACUUCCGUGGUCAAAUUGUUGCGGAGUUUGACAAGGAAUUCCGGUACUUGUAUGCAGAGUCCAGAGCAGUGACCAGCUUCUGUGUGCCAGAUCCUGGAACGUGCCCCUCUUCUCAGAAUACCUCAAACGUUGCCAACUCCCUUCUAAAACCCACACAGGUGAAUGAUGCUGAAACGUCGAGCCCCUCCAGCAGCCUUUCCAAUGUGAGCAUCAGAAGCAUCAAAGUGUCUCCCUUUCUGAAAAACUCCAGCUGCAACGUACACCAGGAAAAGCAAGAUUCAAGCUCUGAUUCUGGUAAUAAGAAGGGGAAGGAAGACACAUCUCUGAAGCCCGCUUGCCCUAAGCAGCAAGGCGAACCACCAGACUCACCGAACAGUCCUCCCAAUAAAUCCACCCCAGCCUUGUAUCACAAAUCAAAUCUCAUCACAGGAAGGACAUUCUUGCAGCCGGAGCCUUCCCCUGCCCUGAGCUCCAAUAAACCUGGUUAUGAAGGGGACAGUAAGGCUGACAGCAGCCACUGCUCCCCACUGAGGCAGGAGCAGACGUCGCAGUCCCUUUCAGAGGGUGCCAGUAGCGACGGGACAAGCAUGAAGCAGAAAGGGCCUGCUGCUACUUCCAGGGAAGCGACAGCAGAAAAUGACAGCGCUUUUUAUGGGAUAGAAAAAAGGCAGAGUCCCGGACAAGGAAAAUUGGACCUGCUGUCCCCAUACAGCCAGCCAAAACGAGAUAAAAAGCCUGUAGUUCCUUGCUACGAUAAACUCCCUGAGGACAUGCUGAUGGAAAAGAGCAGCACAUACGGGGCUGAGAAGAGACUGACUCUUGGGCACAGUAAGCUGGAUCUGAUCACCAAGUACAACAAGCUAAAAUCUAAACACAUACACAGUCGGUUCGAACUCUGA